AUGCCGCCGGCCAUAGAAGGCGAAAGCCAUUUGUCAGCUAAUAACACGAGUAUAGAAGAAAAUAUGGAGUUAUCGCAUAAAAAAAAUGGUUUAGAAUACUUUACAAACGUGUUUUUUAGAGAUUUAGAACUUUCGGAACCUAUAUUAAAGGCACUGAAUGAACAGGAAUUUGUGAAAACAACGGAAAUUCAAGCUAAAUGCAUUCCACCUUUACUAAAAGGGAAAGAUGUUCUUGGAAAAGCAAAAACAGGAUCCGGUAAAACCUUGGCCUUCUUGAUACCUUUGGCGGAAAUUUUAUUCCAAGUAAAAUUUAUGCCAAGGAAUGGUACCGGUGGUAUUAUCAUUUCACCAACAAGAGAACUCAGCCUGCAAAUAUACGAAGUGGCUAAAGAUAUAUGCAAAUAUCUUCCACAAACACUCGGUCUCGUUAUGGGCGGUGCCAAUAGGAAGCAAGAAGCCGAAAAACUUGUUAGGGGUGUAAAUAUUCUAAUUGCAACCCCCGGACGUUUAUUAGACCAUAUGCAAAAUACCAAGGGAUUUGUAUUUAAGAAUCUCCUGCUGUUUAUAAUAGAUGAAGCUGAUAGGAUAUUAGAAAUCGGUUUUGAAGAAGAGUUAAAUCAAAUUAUAAAGUUGCUUCCAGAAAAAAGGCAAACUUGCUUAUUCUCUGCCACGCAUGGUUCUAAUGUAGAAGAUUUAGCGCGUCUGUCCCUUAAAUCGCCAAUAUUUUUAGAGGCGUCAAUAAGUGAUGUAGCAACGGUUGUAGGCUUGGAACAGGGAUAUGUCGUUUGCGAGCCUGAAAACCGAUUUUUGCUACUGUUUACUUUUCUGAAAAAGAAUAUGGACAAAAAGGUCAUGGUUUUCUUCAGCAGUUGUAAUUCAGUCAAAUUUCAUGAUGAGUUACUCAAUUAUAUUGAUAUACCUGCUAAAUCUAUACAUGGCAAGAAAAAACAAUCUGCUAGAAUGGCCACGUAUUACUCUUUUUGUAAAGCAACGAGUGGUCAUCUCCUUUGUACCGAUGUUGCUGCAAGGGGACUGGAUAUACCGAAGGUCGACUGGAUAGUCCAAUAUGAUCCACCAGAUGAUCCUAGGGAUUAUAUCCAUCGUGUGGGAAGAACAGCUAGAGGUGUUGACGGGAAGGGGAAAGCUAUAAUGUUCCUUAUGCCUGAAGAAGUCGGAUUUUUGCAAUACUUAAAAUCAAUGAAGGUUUCUCUAAGCAAAUAUGACUUUACUUUGAAGAAAAUAGUAAAUGUGCAACUACAACUGGAAAAACUAAUCGAAAAAAAUUUUUAUUUGAAUCGUUCAUCCAGAGACGCAUAUAGAUCAUACCUUCAUGCGUAUAUGUCACAUAGUCUGAAAGACAUAUUUAAUGUGCAAUCCUUGGAUCUAAAGAGAAUCGCCAAAGCAUUUGGAUUUUCGGUUCCACCUAAGGUGGAUUUAAAUGCUAAAAUUUCCAAUAGAGGAAAAAAACGUUUACUGAAAACUCAGCAUUUGUUGAAAAGCAGAUAA